AUGAAAACAGUCCUCAUCUUACUUGUUCUUCUUGUUCUCUCAAGGAUUGAAUCAAAUGAAGCCACAAGAAAUCUUGAUACUCAUCUUCUAUUGCCAUCUUUGCAUACCCGUCCUCCGGUUAAGACUCCAGCACCCGAUCCAGGAACCGAGGCCAAUGUGAAUAUGGCAAGCAAGUUUAAUGAAAGGAAUUACUUUGUUGGUCGUAAAGAAGUUGUUGUUUCUCCCCCUUCUCCUACUAAUGCAUAUCCUCUUGAUAAAACUCAUCUUCUAUUACCAUCUUUGCAAACCCGUUCUCCAGUUGAGACUCCAUCACCCAAUCCAGGAAUCGAGACCAAAGUUGUUUUUGCUCCCCCUCCUCCAACUAAUGCAUAUCCUCUUGAUAAAACACAUUUUCUAUUACCAUCUUUGCAAACCCGUCCUCCAGUUAAGACUCCAUCACCCAAUCCAGGAAGCGAGACCAGUGUGAAUAUGGCAAGCACAGUUACUGAAAGAAACUUUGUUGGUCGUAAAGAAGUUGUUUUUGCUCCCCCUCCUCCUACUAAUGCAUAUCCUCUUGAUAAAACACAUCUUCUAUUACCAUCUUUGCAAACCCGUCCUCCAGUUAAGACUCCAUCACCCAAUCCAGGAAAAGUUGGUUUUGCUCCUCCAUCUCUGCAAAAAAACCCGGUCCCUACUCCUACACCCAAUCCAGGUACUGGUGCACGUACGACUAGUGUCAUGAGCCAAAUUACAGAAAGGAACUUUGCAGGUCAUAAAGAGACGGAAACUCGUCCUCCUCCUCUUCCUUCUUCCAGUAAUACUACACAACAUAAGGUCACAGAUAAGGCAGUUGGCUUAUUGGCUGCUCAUUGA